AUUCUCUCUCUCCUUCCUUUCUUCUUCUCAUUCUUCAUCUUCCCCGCCCCAAUUCUUCUAAUCCUCUACAGCCGACACCAUCUUCGAUUCCCUCCAAUCACCCCUCCUUCUUGUUCCAAUGCGUUGAAUUUCACUCCAAUUUCAAAUCAAGCAGCCUGCAUCGUUGCUGCCAAUUUCUCUGAUUUUUGGCUCUAUUUCGCGAGGUUUGCCCGAUCGCUGUGCGUAUUUUAGUUUGGAUGAUAACUUUCUUUUGGUGACUCAAGAAUUUUCUUAUGGCUCCAGCAAGAAAGUCUAGAAGUGUCAAUAAACGUCAUUUGUCGAUCAAUGAGGUUUCUCCUAUUAAAGGUUCCAGUAAUGGUAGAAGAAAUAGUAAGCGGAAGCGAAAACCAACUAACAAGCUUGGGCCUCAAUGGAGCAAGGAAGAGAUAACUCGUUUUUAUGAAGCAUAUCGGAAGUAUGGUCAAGACUUUAAAAAGGUGGCUGCUGCUGUGAGAAAUCGCUCUGUUGACAUGGUGGACGCCCUGUUCUCAAUGAAUAGGGCUUACUUAGCUCUUCCAGAAGGGACUGCUUCAGUAAUUGGGCUGGUUGCAAUGAUGACAGACUACUACAGCAAUUUGGCAAUAACUGACAGCGAACAAGAAAGCAAUGAUGGUGCUGGAGCAUCUCGAAAAGCUCAAAGGCACACUGAGGGAAAAGGUCAGCCUAGUACCACCAAAGCAUCUGAUGGACAUUUUUCUCGUUCCCCAACUGUAACAGCAGGCUAUGGUUUCCAAUCAUUGCUGAAGAAGAAGCGGUCAGGAGGAAGCAGAGCUCGUGCUGUGGGGAAAAGGACACCACGGGUCCCUGUUGCGUACUCUUAUGAAAACAACAAGGGGGAGAAGUUCUUUUCAACUACCAGGCGGGGUGAUGAUGAUGUUGCUCAUGAGAUAGCGUUGGCUUUGACAGAGGCUUCACAAAGAGGUGGUUCUCCCCAGGUUUCUCAAACACCAAGCAGAAGAACAGAAAGUGUUAUGUCAUCUCCUGCUCGGAAUGCAGAAACCAGGCGUGCUGAACUCAAAAUGGCUAAUUACAAGCAUGUAGAAAGUGAUGUGGAUGAAGAAGAAUUAGAGGGUAGUAUGGAAGCUGACACUGGAGAACUAUCAAGGUACAAAACUUAUUUAAAGCAAACUGGACGUGUUGGUAGUUUGGUCCCGAAAGGAAGAAGAUUCGAUGGAAAGAGGCUAGAUGUUGAUGAUAGCAGUGACAAUCAUUUGGAAGACACAAGGGAAGCAUGUAGUGGGACGGAAGAAGGUCAACGAUUUGGUGCAGCGAGAUAUGCAGAUGCUAGAAAUUCCAAGUCGUCUUACCAAGGUCCAAGGAAGAGGAGUAAAAAGGUUCUUUUCAGAAGAGAUGAAGAUUCUGCAUUUGAUGCCUUGCAAACUUUGGCUGAUUUAUCCUUGAUGUUGCCAGCAGAAGCAAAUGAAGAUGAGUCGAUGGUGGAAAUUAAAGAUGAACAUGUUGAUCAUGUGGAUGAAUCUGGUUCAUUAGAGGCAAUACCUGCACCACAUCAGAGGGACAAGCGUAGAUCUUCAGGGCAGAAAAUAAAAGGAGAUCAAUCAACGAUGGCUAGACUGGAAAUGGCUUCUACCAAAAUUCCAAAAUCGGGAAAGAUGUCUCUUUAUGAUGUUAGUGUUGUUCCUGAAGUGAAAGACGAAGUUUACCCCUCUAAAUCUAUUCGCAAGAAACCAAAGAUACUGACAUCUAAGAUCCGGAAGUCCGAAACUCAUGUGAAUAGUCAACUGAGUGAGCCUCAGGAGGCUGAGACUAGAGAUUUGGGGAAGAUGAUUAAGAACAAGAAAUCUUCUCACAGUUCUUCACCAAAAUUGGUAAAAAAUGUUGAACAUUCUUCUAGUGCUGAUCCAAGAAUAGAGGGAAGUGAUUCCGCUCAAUCAACCAUACAGGCCCCUCCUGCAAACCAAGUUAACUUGCUAACCAGAGUAAGGAGCAGGCGCAAGAGGGACCUGAACAAACCGCAAAUUCAGAAAGAUUUGAAGCUUUCAGAGAAAAUUUCAAAUGACAGGUCUAAUGUACCUUUAGCCUCAGUUAAUGAUACGGCAUUUAGUGUUAAGGGAAAACUUGCCAAUUGCUUAUCUAAUCACCGACUAAGGAGAUGGUGUGCAUAUGAAUGGUUUUACAAUGCUAUUGAUUACCCUUGGUUUGCUAAAAGAGAGUUUGUGGAGUAUCUGUAUCAUGUUGGAUUGGGCCAUGUUCCAAGGCUAACUCGUGUAGAGUGGGGUGUGAUAAGGAGUUCACUGGGAAAACCUCGGCGUUUUUCUCAACAGUUUUUGAAGGAAGAAAAGGAGAAACUUAAUAAAUAUAGGGAUUCUGUAAGGACCCAUUACACUGAAUUGCGCAAAGGUAUCAGAGAAGGACUCCCGACAGAUCUUGCUAGACCUUUGACAGUUGGCCAACGUGUUAUAGCUAUCCACCCAAAAACAAGAGAAAUUCAUGAUGGUAGUGUGCUAACAGUUGAUCACUCCAGGUGCCGGGUUCAAUUUGACCGUCCCGAGCUGGGUGUUGAAUUUGUUAUGGAUGUUGAUUGCAUGCCCUUAGAUCCUAUGGAAAAUAUCCCCACAAUGCUUGCAAGGCACAUUGCCGUUGAUAAGUUUUUUGAGAACUACAAUGAGCUGAGGAUGAAUGAACAAGCAAAAGAGUACAUAAAAAUUUCAUCUGGUGACAACGUGGAGAACAUCAAUGGGCUUUCUAAUUUGUCUUCAUCAACUUACCCUGUAACUAAUCUAUUAAAGCAGACAAAGGUGGCACCAGAAGAUGCCAAUUUGCAGACUAGGGCUGUACAGAUGGAAACACCCACUCACACAUAUUCUCAGCCUUGUAUACCUGCUCAAGUUCAGGCGAAGGAAGCUGAUGUUCAGGCUCUUGCUCAGCUUACCCGUGCUCUGGAUAAAAAGGAAGCGGUAGUUUCAGAGUUGAAGCGUAUGAAUGAUGAUGUAGUGGAAAAUUGCUCACUUAAGGAGUCAGAGUCUUUUAAAAAGCAAUAUGCGGCAGUUCUUGUACAGUUACACGAAGUAAAUGAACAGGUUUCUUCUGCUUUGAUUUGCUUGCGACAGAGGAAUACAUAUCAAGGAAACAUUUCACUUGGAUGGCCAAGACCAGUAGCCAAUUUGGGUGAUCCUGGUUCCAUGUUGAGCUCUUUGGAUCGCUCUACCAGCCAGUCGCAGGAUUCUGGAUCUCAUAUCAGUGAAAUUAUUGAAAGUUCAAGGAAAAAAGCAAGAUCCAUGGUAGAUGUAGCAUUGCAGGCCAUGUCCUCGCUUAAAGGUAGGGAGAAUACAUUUGAGAAGAUUGAGGAGGCUAUUGAUUAUGUAAAUGAGCAGCUUCCUUCAGAUGAUUCCUCUGUUCCAGCUGCUCCCGAUCCUAACCUGAAAAAUGCGACAGACAGGAAUGAGGCACAAAUCCCUUCGGAGCUUAUCACUCAAUGUGUAGCUACUCUGCUUAUGAUUCAGAAAUGUACAGAGAGGCAGUUUCCACCAGCCGAUGUGGCUCAAAUAUUGGAUUCUGCAGUUACAAGCUUGAAGCCUUGCUGCCCACAAAACCUUCCAGUUUAUACAGAAAUACAGAAGUGCAUGGGAAUUGUCAGGAACCAAAUAUUGGCGCUUAUACCUACUUAGCCAAUAAAACUUGGAAGUAUAUAUUUUUUUUCUUGUCUGCAAUGUAGAUAAUUGAUUUGAUUGCCAUCUUAGCUUCUAAGGCUGCCAUGACAAGUGUUCUCUUUGUAUCCAACUAACAUCAAUGGAAUGAGUUAUCACUUCCAUUAUAGGUCAUCUAUCUUCAAAUUCAUGAUA